GUAUAUUAUUUCCAACGAAUAUAUUCGCACAUUUGCGAAAAAAUACCAGCAAUAAGAUACAUUGCUAUUUAUGGAGUUUAGUAGAGGUCGAAGCACGUGCCUUUUCGUCAGUGACGACGGACCAGGAAGUUAACUCUUUACAGCAAGAAUAAUGGAAGAUCCAAAUGCAGAUACACAGUGGAAUGAUAUUUUACGAGAAAAAGGUAUUCUUCCAAAGAAACAAGAAAAAGAAAUUAAAGAAGAAGAUAUUAUAAAUAUUAUUGAAAAUACAGUUGAAGAAAAACUUCAAGAAACUACACAAUUAGAAGACUUGACUCUUGAUGAAUUAGAUGAGUUAGAAGAUGAGGAAGAUGAAAGAAUAUUGCUUGAAUAUAGGAAAAAAAGAAUAGCAGAGAUGCAAGAAGCACUUAGAAAAGCAAAAUAUGGAGAUGUUCGAGAAAUUUCAGCAGAAGAUUAUGUUCAGGAAGUAAAUAAAGCAGGAGAAGGAGUCUGGGUGGUUCUCCAUCUUUAUAAAUCUGGAAUUCCUCUAUGUACUCUUAUUAAUCAAUAUUUAACACAGCUGGCAGCAAAAUUUCCUGCUACAAAAUUUUUGAAAAGUAUAUCUACUACAUGCAUCCCUAAUUUCCCUGAUCGUAAUUUACCUACCAUAUUUGUCUAUUUUGAGGGAGAUAUGAAAAAACAGCUUGUUGGUUCAGAUACAUUCCGAGGAAUGAAUUUAAAAAUUGAUGAAUUGGAAUGGAUUUUAUCUAAGACAGGAGCUGUGCAAACAACUUUAGAAAGUGAUCCUAGACCAAAGAUACAAGAUGUCAUGCUGUCUUCCUUACAAAGAGAUGAUGAUGGUAAUGACUGGGACUAAGUUAUGGUUUUACCUUUUGAUAUAAUGUUGAUAAAAUGCAAAAUUUUUUGGUAUUUAUUUAUCAAAUACAAAAAAAAGGAAAAAUGUUUAAAUAAUAUUUAAAUAAAUAUAUAUUUAAAACCGAA